AUGGCGAUUCAGUACCGUUUCCUUCUGGCUUCGGUGUUUGUUUCUUGCUUGGUGGCCACUUGCUACGGCGGCGUUUCCUUCAAAUCUCUUCAGCCAACUCUCACCGUCACCGCCACCCAUAAAGAAGGAGUUCUGAAAGCUGGGUUGGACAACGUCACGGUGACGUGGGCGCUGGACCCGAGCGCGCCAGCUGGCAGCGACGCUUCAUACAAGACAAUAAAGGUGAAGCUAUGCUACGCGCCGGUGAGCCAAGUUGACCGCGGCUGGAGGAAGACAAAGGACGACCUCACAAAGGACAAAACCUGCUCCCACAAGAUCGUCGCCAAACCCUACAUCGCCGGCGGCGCAGUCGCCACCGCCACCUGGACGGUGCUGAGGGACGUCCCCACCGCCAAGUACUUCGUCAGGGCCUACGCACACGACGCUGCUGACGUGGAACUGACGUACGGACAGACAACAAGCGCCGACAAGAAGACGAACCUUUUCGACAUCGAGGCCGUCACAGGACGACACGUGUCGCUCGACAUUGCGUCGAUCUGCUUCUCAGCUUUCUCGGUUGUUUCUCUGUUCGGAUUCUUCUUCCUCGAGAGGAGGAAGACCAGGAUUGCAGAAGCUAAGUGAUGAGGGUUUUUUCUAUGUCGUGUUUUAUUUUUAUUUAUGUUGUGUGUACAAGCAAAAGCGUGUUUUCUAUACAUUUUGAUGUUAAUUGUGUUUAAAUUUCAAUUUUAUCGAUGAUCGAUCGAUCGAGUUUCCGACAAAAUAAAAACUCGAGAGAAUCAAUUGAAUUUUGUUUUUUUGGUAU